AUGUCUUUGAAAAGAUUCCAUGUGAAGCGGCAAACUGACUCCUACACCUGGAGUGAGACUGAGGACUUCAUUAGCAUCAGUUGUCAUGCCAAAGGAAUGACACUGAAGCACUUUGAUAUCUUCAUUAGUGAUUUGUUCAUCAAGGUUAAUAUUCCAAAGAUAAAGCACAUCAUUGUGUGGGAUCUCAAAAGUCCCAUCGAUUUCAGUUCCCCUCACAACAGGACAACACUAGCCAACGGCCAGCUUGACAUGAAGAUCUUCAAGAAGGAGCAAGGCGAAAUGUGGGAAAACCUCGAAUACGAAGGAUCCAAAGCAGCCAAACUCAAAAGAAGGAACGAGAGUAUCCAGAGGUUCGAACAGUGGGAAAAGAAGAAAAGAGACGAGCAGGGUGAAACCAAGGUCAAGUUGGACAAAGCAGCACUUGAUAAACAAAUGGAGCUCGAAGCCUGGGAAAGAAGCACACUCAAAGCUAAGAAAGAUGAAGAGAAGAAGUAUGUGGAAGACCAACUCUAUGAUGACUUAGAGAAAAUGGAGGGACUAAAUGAGAAAUUAAAGCAGGGGUAUGACCCAAAGGAAGUACAAAGAGAAGCACAGAAAAUUUCUGAAGAAUCUGUACAUAAAUUAGACCCCUCAAAUAGUACUCAGAAGAACAUCACAAGAGCCUCUGACUCGAGGUCUAAGUAUAAUGAUCCCAGCAAGAAUAUUUUCGAUGAUUCUGAUUGAGUCGAAAUGCCGAAGGUUGUAGAAGACAAUUCUGAGCACAUCAAGUCUCUUACAGGAGAAAUUCCAGAAGAUGAAAGAAUUCUGAAAGAAUUUAAUCAGGAAGAAUCCAAAUGUUCUUAUGUUGACACCAUUCAGCCCAGUGAAGCUGUCGAAGAAAUAAUUGAAGAGGUCCCUGGACCUCCAGUCAAGCCUGUUGAAUUGCCAGAAGUAAGGCAAGGAGGAUCUAAAAAGAUAGAGUUCUCUGAGAAAGUAUAUCCAAACAUGCCAGCUAGAGAGAGUCAUAAAAAGGAGCCUCCAUUACCGAAAUCUAAAAAAUUGAAACAAAACAAGGAUGAUAAAGAUAUGAACUUCUCGAUAGAAGACAAGGACCCAGUAUGGCUGAAAGACAAAGGAGACCACUUCUUCAAAAGGCAUGACUACAACUCUGCAAUGAAUGCAUACACCAAGUCUAUCAAGAAUGAUCCAGACUUUCUGAUGUGCUACCUCAACCGAGGAACUACCUGUAUGAAGAUGCACAACUUUGAAGGGGCCUUACUAGAUUUUGAUGACAUUGAGAAGAAAAUUAACGCAGAAAGUGAGGAAGAGAAGAAAGAUCCAUUCUAUGCAAGGAUGAUGUCAAGAGUUUUGAUCAAGAGAGGCUCUUGUUAUGGCUUCCUCUCCAAUUUUGAGAAAGCAGAAGAAGACCUUCAAAAAGCAAUGAGUGAGUUUAAAGGACUUUUUAGCGAAUCAGAGCUGAAAUCCAUUGAGUCUGACCUGAAAAAGAUUAAGACUAGAGGCGAGUCCAAUGAAAUUAAGAAGAAGGGAGACAAUUUUUACGGGCAGGGAGAAUUUGAUUCUGCCAUAAAAGAGUACCAGGAAGCCGUCAAGAUAGAUCAAACCAAUGAAUAUGCUCUUGGUAACAUCGGAGUGAUUCAUAUGAAAAGAUCUGACUACCAGAAAUGUAUCGAAUACACUGACUCUGCUUUGAACCAGAUAAAUAAUUUCAUCAAUGAGACUAAGAGUUUCAAGAAUGAUAACCAGCUAGAGGUUAAGCUCCUUCUCAGAAGGGGUAAGUCCUUCCAGAUGAUUAAGGAGUAUGAGAAAGCUAAAAAGGACCUUGAUGAGUGCAUCAGACUUGACAGGCGUAACAAAGAGGCUCAAUCCAUCCUUAAGAAGGUGCAGGGAGAAAUCAAUGAUAUCUUAUACAAAGAGAAUAAAGAUGAAGCAGAGAGGUUGUUCAAAGAAAAAGAAUACUCUAAGGCACUAGAACAUUUUGAGCAAUGCUUGAGAAUUACAAGGAAAGCCUCCACCUUGAGCAAUAUCUCAGUGUUCGUCAAUAAGACAGCCUGCUUAUUUGCUUUGAAGCAGAAUGAUUUAUUGAUAACCGAAUGUAACAAUGCUCUAAGAUUAAUCAGCAAUUUUAAAAUCAAAGAUAAUACUAAAGAAGAUGCUGAAAAGGCUAAGAAGAUGGAAGUUAUAUUACUUCUCAGAAAAGGAAAGACUCUAGUAGAACAGAACCAAAUCCAGAAAGCAAUUGAACUUUAUGAGACUGCUUUAGAUAUCGACCCAGAAAAUUCAAAAAUUCAGGAAGAUAUCAGAAGCCUAAAAAAAUCAAUUUAA